AUCUGGCUGGACCGCGGGCACCGGGGCGUCAGGCUGGAUCGAGGCGUUAGGCUGGAUCAGGGCGUCAGGCUGGGUAGCGUACACUGGGUCAUCAGGCUAGAUAACAGAAGGCGGGUUCUCAGACCGCAGGCUGACCGGUUUGGAUACUGGCAGGAUGGUGCUGGUUGGAAAGAAUUUUCGCUUCUUCUUGGUUUUAGUUACUGGAGCAUUGUAAGUAAACGCAGGUCUGUAAAUGGAGGGAGCAGCUUCUACAGAGGACUUCUUUACAGGGUUAAAGGCAGGAUAGGUGCAGCGAGUGGGAACAGGGGACUGACAUGUGGUAGAUAGCAGGGUAUACUGAGCUGUCACUGGG